AUGUCAGAAGAGGGUGAUUGCCCGAUUUGCCAUUUAAAAGCAUUAAUGCCUAUCCAAGUUCAAUGCUGUAGACAAAGUUUUUGUUUUUUAUGCCUGAAAGGUUGCUGUUUAUUGUCAAAUUUCAAGUGCCCAAUGUGUAGGGGUGUAAUUGAUCCAGUAAUAAUCAAUCGGGCAACGCAAGAGAUCAAUCCUUUGGCAAUAAUUGACCCCGAACCAGUAUCAAACACGUCCGAUUCUGAAGUUCACUUUUGGCUCUACGAAGGUAGCAACGGUUGGUGGAGAUACGAGCCUAGGGUAGAACAAUACAUGGAAUCGUGCUACUGUUCUGAUUCUGAAGUUGUCGAAGUUUCUAUUUGUGGAUACGUAUAUGUUGUCAAUUUCGGCUCGAUGAUUCAAUAUAGGAAAGAUUUAGGAAUAAGGAAGAAAAGAGCUAUGAAGUAA